UCUGAAAUUAGAGGCUAAAGAUGUCUGAACUAGUGCACAAUGAAUGGCAACAUAGCAUUCUUGGAUGCUUCAGUGAUAUGGGAAUAUGUUUCAGGGGUUGCUGUUGCUGUAUGCCCCUCUGCAUGAUGUGCGAGAAUGCAGAAAAGACUGGAAACAGUGGAUUAAUGUGGACCCUGCUAGUUCUAUGUGUUCCAACUGUUGCUGUAUCUUUAACUAGAACUGCUACGAGGGAAAUUUAUGGAAUAGAAGGAGAACCGGUUAUGGACUGGGUGUGUGGUUGCUGCUUGCCUGCCUGUACUAAUUGUCAGAUUGCUAUGGAGCACAAAGCCAGAAGUGAAAAUGGUUAUAAUGCUCGUGGACCACCAAGGCACUAAUAGGUGUGAAUAGUUGAGCUACAUAUCUGGAUUUAAUGAUUUGAAUAUAUAAACAAAUAAGAGGUCAUAAAAAGAACAAUGUGAACGAAUUU